AUGAUGGAAAGCUCGAUUGGAAUGCCAGUGCCAACCAUGGAGAUGUUGGGUUUCAAGAAUCUGUCAAACAACCACCGCACAGAUAGUGAGGAACUCUUCAAAAACUGGCUCACGAAUGGAGAGAAUAAUGGGCACAAUUCAGCAAGUCUAGCUCAUCGAACUCAAUCACGAAGGAUGUCCACUGAACUAGUUAGUGUGCUUAAUCAGCAACAAGGGGGUUUUCUUCAGAGAAAGAGAAGCAAUGAAGCUUUAUUCUUGCAAAACACUUCUGCGGCUGAUGAACCAUCAAGAGACCUUGAUCAACUUUCACUCGGGAAUCCAGUGGAAGAGGGGUCGCAGGGUAGUAAUUUAUACCUAGCUAAGGCAUGGUUCAAUAGUUCUCAAGCCAUGACUCGAAGUCGUUCCUCUGAAUUAAGGAGGCGAUACGCUGCAAUGCAGAUCUCUCGAGCAUCACUGGGUAUGGAAGCAGAGCAAAACACUUCUGGGCUUGGAAUCAACAAUUUAAGACAAGACUUUGAAAAUCCACAUGGAUUGGAUGACACUUCAAUGCACGAGAUACCCAACCAGUUCAAUACCUUUAUGCCUCCAACCAAUUCAUCUUCAUCAAAUUUCAACAUCCCACAAAUGGGAACUGUAGACAAGGUUUCUUCAGUUGUCAACAUGCUUAAGGGUACACUAGAACGCAAGAAACUUAGUAACCACAUUGAGAAAGAAGUUGUUGAAAAUAGUUCUUUGGGAUAUUAUGGGGCUCAGGAAGUCCUAGGUAUCAAUAGUUUGAAUCGAGAACAAGCUAAUUAUAUUCAUGAGGUGCAAGGAACGAUUCAAGAUGUAGCCACUGUCCAACUCGAAGAUUCUGGAGUCCAGCAAACAGUUGGAGGCUCAUUUGAUUUUCAUUUAGAAGGUUAUGUGGUUCCUACAAAUCCAAUCUACAUGAGCAAAGUAUCUCAAGAACCAUCACAAAGUGAAUCUUCUGUGGCUGCACCAGUAGCCUCAACUGGUUUUGAUGCAUGCGAUGGUCCCAGCUACUCACCUCAAACUCUAAGCAACUGCGAGACCUCUUGGAAUCAACUUGGAAGUGGAAGAAAUUCAGAAAAUGGACCUCGAGCCAAAGUGGAGAAAGGAGAUCCCACCAAGAAGCGUAGGGUGGAGCGGUCACGGAAAAUGGCGGAAGCUAAGGAAAAAAACCUGACUCCUACAGUUUCUUCAGAUGUCCAAUCCAUUCUGAAGAGGUGCGAAAACCUUGAGAAGGAAGUGCGGUCGCUCAAACUUAACUUGGCUUUCAUGAACAGAAAGGAUUCUGAACAGACUAAGCAGAUAGAAGAGCUUCAGAAGCAGAACGAGGAGUUGACAGAAGAAAAAGAGCGUCUUCUGGAAGAAAUCGUGAGGAUUAUCUCCGAAACAGGCAAGAUGUGA